AAUCGACUUUGAAAUUCACUUUUAACCGCUGCCCCGGCAACCAGUGGCUCCAAAACAAAGCACCAUGCUUUUGCACCCCAAAUCCUGAAUUCCCGCCCCACAAGUUGGCUCCUUUCCGGCAGUCAAAAAGACUUUCACUUAAAGUUAGCCGAAAAAUGUCGCACAAAAGAUUCUAUGUAAAGUUGGACCUUCAACUUCAUGCGGUUGGUGGUGGAAUUGGUGGAUUUACCUAUGACCUCAAGGCUAUUUCCCCUUUCAGCUUACCUGUCCAGGAGUUUGGCUUUGCUCGCACGGCUUUUUGGAGGCCACCAUCAAAACCUUGGGUUACUACUUUCGAACGGGCGCAAUGGAGCCUCGAUUUCCUAUGCUGUGCCACGAUCAAUUCACCAUGGAGGGAUAUUUCAAGAGUGUUGGAUGCUUGGAGGACAUGCACCAGCUACUGAAGGCGGAACAGUUGGAGAUAACUGUCUGGCAGAAUGGUCGAAGGUUGGCCUACUUCGUGGGAAACCUCUCGGAUGUGAUGCAGCCAACUAUUCCUCGACUGAGCUGCGCCCACAGCGCCAAUGUCCAGCUGCUGAUGAAGGCGACGCCGGCCUUUCCCGGAAUUCUGGCGCCAAAGGUGGAGUUAUCCGCCCAAUUGACCACGCAGGACCGAAGAAAGGGCUGCAGUUGCUCCAGUUUCAGGGAAGAAUCGGUUCCCGUUGCUCCUCCGGUUAAUCGCCAUGUGGAGAGCCGAUGCCUGGGACACUUGGACCAGCCGCGAAAGCAGCAAACCGUGUGCCAUGGCAGGAAAUCCAAUUGUUGCGCAGGUGCAAGUAAUGCCGGAUGGAGAGGAGCUUCUCCUGAACAACUGCGACAGCAGGAGCGGCGUCUGUCCACCUGCUCGAGCACAACCCAAUUGAGUAGUCUCAGCCAGAGCUCCUCGCUGACGCAGUGCAGCCAUUUGAGCAGCAGUAGCAAUCCUUUGGACGAUCAUCACAAUAGCUGUUAUAUCUGCCAAGCCUACAGGCGCAUGUUUCCAGCUUAUUGA